AUGGGGGUGAGAGAGGGAGGCACAGUUUUAUCCGGUGGUCCAGGGGCUUCUGCUGUUUCAAUCCGGUGUGUUGGAGUUCUUGUGGUUCUUCUGUUUGGAAUCUGGGAAGCUAAAGCACAAAGUGAAUUUGAAACUUCUUCUGUAUAUUUGUGGAAGACUGGUCCAUGGGGAAGAUGUAUGGGAGAUGAAUGUGGUCCAGGUGGUAUCCAAACACGGGCAGUAUGGUGUGCUCAUGUGGAAGGAUGGACAACACUGCCCACAAAUUGUAAACAGAUAGAGAGGCCUGAGAACCAACAGAACUGUUUCAGGGUUUGUGACUGGCACAAAGAACUGUAUGAUUGGCAGUUAGGCAACUGGAAUCAGUGUCAGCCAGUUAUUUCAAGGAAUCUUGAAAAACCAGUGGAAUGCACCAAAGGAGAAGAAGGAAUCCAGAUGAGAGAUGUAACUUGUGUCCAAAAAUCAAAUGGGGUUUCUGCUGAGGAUGUCAUAUGCGAGUACUUUGAACCAAAGCCACGCCUGGAACAGGCAUGCCUCAUCCCUUGCCGCCAGGACUGUAUUGUGGCAGAGUUCUCCCCCUGGUCAGAAUGUUCCAAGACUUGUGGCAAUGGACUUCAGCAUCGAACUCGUCACAUUGUUGCUCCACCUCAGUUUGGUGGCUCUGCUUGCCCUAACCUGACUGAAUUUCAGAUCUGUCACUCUACCCCAUGUACUACUGAGGAAAGCUUGCACAGCCUGAAUGUGGGAUCCUGGAGUACAUGCUCAAUGCCCCACUCAAGACAUAUAAGGCAAGCAAGGAAACGAGGGAAGAACAAAGAAAAGGAGAAGGACAGAGAAAAAGGAGUACGGGAUCCUGAAGCUCGGGAGCUUAUUAAGAAAAAGAGGAAUCGAAAUAGACAGAACAGACAAGAGAACAAAUAUUGGGACAUACAGAUUGGAUAUCAGACCCGGCAGGUUACAUGUACUCACAAAAAUGGAAAAACUGCUGCCUUGAGCUUUUGCCAACAAGACAAGUUGCCAAUUACCUUCCAGUCCUGUGUGAUCACUAAGGAGUGCCAGGUGUCAGAGUGGUCUGAGUGGAGCCCCUGUUCCAAAACAUGUUUUGAUAUGACAUCCCCUAAAGGAAAUCGUACAAGAACACGGACCAUUAAGCAGUUUCCUAUUGGCAGUGAAAGUGAAUGCCCAGAGCUAGAAGAAAUAGAGCAAUGUAGCUCUCAAGGAGAUGGUGUGGCACCGUGUGUUACGUAUGGCUGGAGAACCACAGAGUGGACAGAAUGUCGUGUUGACCCUUUACUUAGCCAACAGGACAAAAGACGAGGGAAUCAGACAGCUCUGUGUGGAGGUGGAAUUCAAACCCGUGAGGUGUACUGUGUGCAAGCUAAUGAAAAUCUCCUCUCCUAUUUAAAUACCCUCAAGGAAAAAGAAGAAAGUCAGUCACAGAGCACGUCGAAGUCUAGUGCUGCACCACUUCUAUCAAUCACUUUUGAAAUAACAGCUUCCAAGCCUGUGGAUCGGAAACUGUGCACAGGACCUGUACCUAGCACCACCCAAUUGUGCCAUAUCCCUUGUCCAAUAGAAUGUGAAGUGUCAGCUUGGUCAGCUUGGGGACCAUGCACCUAUGAAAGCUGUGAAGACCAGCAAGCCAAAAAGGGUUUUAAGUUAAGGAAGCGGUCCAUCACAAAUGAACCUACAGGAGGCACUGGAGGGACAGGAAAUUGCCCUCAUUUGCUUGAAGCUAUCCCGUGUGAGGAGCCCUCUUGCUAUGACUGGCGAAUAGUGAGACUAGAAGAGUGCAUACCAGACAAUGAGAAGCAGUGUGGGCCUGGCACUCAAGUUCCACAGGUGGUCUGUAUCAACAGUGAUGGAGAAGAGGUUGACAGACAGCUGUGUAGAGAUGCUAUCUAUCCAAUUCCCAUUGUCUGUGAAGUUCCAUGCCCAAAGGAUUGUGUACUCAGCAUGUGGUCUGGAUGGUCCUCCUGCUCUCACACCUGCUCAGGCAAAACCACAGAAGGAAAACAGAUGCGAGCCCGCUCUAUUCUGGCAUAUGCAGGUGAAGGAGGCAUUCAGUGCCCAAACAGUAGUGCACUUCAGGAAGCACGCAGCUGUAAUGAACACCCUUGCACUGUGUACCACUGGCAGACUGGGCCCUGGGGCCAGUGUAUAGAAGAUGUCUCUGUGUCUACUUUCAACUCAUCUACCAGUUGGAAUGGGGAGGCCACCUGUGCUGUUGGGAUGCAAACAAGAAAAGUCAUCUGUGUGAGAGUCAACGUGGGACAAGUGGGACCAAAAAAAUGUCCUGAAAGCCUUCGACCAGAAACAGUGCGGCCUUGUUUGCUUCCUUGUAGGAAAGACUGUAUUGUGACUCCAUACAGUGACUGGACAUUGUGUUCUUCCCCAUGUCAAGAAGGGGAUGUCACAGUAAAGCAACAGUCUCGCCAUCGAGUCAUCCUCCAGCUCCCUGCAAAUGGUGGCCGUGACUGCCCAGACACGUUAUAUGAGGAAAAGGAAUGUGAGGCUCCUCCUGUGUGCUAUACUUACAGGUGGAAGACCCACAAAUGGCGCAGAUGCCAGCUGGUACCAUGGUAUGUUCGCCAGGACAGCCCAGGUGCCCAUGAGACAUGUGGGCCUGGACUACAAGCAAGAGCAAUUACUUGUCGCAGACAAGAUGGAGGACCGGCUGACAUCAGUGAGUGCCUUAAAUAUGCAGGCCCUUUACCAACAUUAACACAGGCCUGCCAGAUUCCUUGCCAAGAUGACUGUCAGUUCACAAUCUGGUCAAAGUUUUCUUCCUGCAAUGGGGACUGUGGAGCAGUCAGGACGAGAAAGCGCUCUCUUGUUGGAAAAAGUAAGAAGAGGGACAAGUGCAAAAAUUCCCAGUUGUAUCCUCUGAUCGAGACUCAAUUUUGUCCUUGUGACAAGUACAACGCUCAGCCUGUGGGGAACUGGUCAGACUGCAUUUUACCAGAGGGCAAAGUGGAAGUAUUACUCGGAAUGAAAGUACAAGGAGAUAUCAAGGAAUGUGGGCAAGGCUAUCGUUACCAGGCCAUGGCAUGCUAUGAUCAAAACAGUCGGCUUGUGGAAACAGCACGAUGCAACAGUCACGGUUACAUUGAGGAAGCCUGCAUUAUUCCAUGCCCCUCAGACUGCAAGCUCAGUGAAUGGUCCAAUUGGUCUCGCUGUAGUAAAUCCUGUGGGAGUGGGGUAAAGGUUAGGUCUAAAUGGCUCCGUGAAAAACCUUACAAUGGUGGAAGACCCUGCCCCAAGCUGGAUCAUGUCAAUCAGGCUCAGGUAUAUGAGGUGGUCCCAUGCCACAGCGACUGCAGCCAGUACAUAUGGGUUACAGAACCCUGGAGCGUCUGCAAAGUGACCAAUGUUGACUUAAAGGAGAACUGUGGAGAAGGUGUACAAACCAGGAAAGUGAGAUGCAUGCAAAACACAGUGGAUGGUCCUUCUGACACUGUUGAGGACUACCUGUGUGACCCUGAAGAGAUGCCUCUUGGUGCUAGAAGAUGCACGUUGCCAUGCCCUGAAGACUGUGUUAUGUCUGAAUGGGGCCAGUGGUCUAGAUGUUCCUUGCCCUGCAACGGAAGUAAUGUGCGUGAAAGGUCAGCGGAGCCCCUAAGACAACCUGAUGAAGGAAAGGCUUGUCCUGCCUCCACUGAGACAGAACCUUGCAGUCUGAACAAAAACUGUUACCACUAUGAUUACAAUGUGACAGACUGGAGUACGUGUCAGCUCAGCGAGAAGGCAGUCUGUGGUAAUGGCAUCAAAACAAGAAUGCUAGAUUGUGUUCGCAGUGAUGGCAAAUCAGUUGACCUGAAGUAUUGUGAAGUGCUUGGCUUGGAGAAGACGUGGCAGAUGAAUACUUCCUGUGUGGUGGAAUGUCCUGUGAACUGUCAGCUUUCUGACUGGUCUCCAUGGUCUGAGUGUUCUCAAACAUGUGGCCUUACAGGAAAGAUGAUACGAAGAAGGACAGUAAAUCAGCCUUUCCAGGGCGAUGGAAGACCUUGUCCAUCUCAGAUAGAGCAAUUCAAACCCUGCCCGGUAAAACCUUGUUAUCGAUGGCAGUAUGGCCAUUGGGCUGAAUGCAAAGUUGAGGAUGCUCAGUGUGGAGAGGGGACAAGAGUCAGGAACAUUUCAUGUGUGGUCUAUGAUGGAUCCACUGAAGAUGUUGGCAAAAUAGUAGAUGAGGAAUUCUGUGGAGAAAUUGAGCCUGUUAUUGAUGGCAAUAAGAAGAUGGUACUUGAGGAAACCUGCACCCUUCCUUGUCCAGGUGAUUGUUACUUGAAAGAGUGGUCAGAAUGGAGCCUUUGUCAGCUGACCUGUGUUAAUGGAGAAGAUCUUGGUUUUGGAGGGAUACAAGUCCGAUCCCGGGCAGUGAUCAUUCAGGAAUUAGAGAACCAACACCUCUGUCCAGAACAGGCUUUGGAAACAAGAUCAUGUAACGAUGGUCAGUGUCACGAAUACAAGUGGAUGGCUAGCCCAUGGAAGGGGUCUUCUCGGACAGUAUGGUGCCAAAGAUCGGAUGGAUUAAAUGUUACAGGGGGCUGUUUAGUGAUGCGCCAACCAGAUGCUGACAGGUCAUGUAACCCACCGUGCAGUCAACCCCAUUCUUACUGUAGCGAGACUAGAACAUGUGGUUGUGAAGAAGGGUACACUGAAGUAAUGUCCUCUGAUGACACACUCGAGGAGUGCACACUCAUCCCUGUGGUAGUGAUCCCCACUAUGGAGGACAAAAAAGGAGAUGUGAAAACCAGUCGAGCUGUGAACCCCACCCAGCCAUCCAGUAACCAGUCAGGACGAGGAAGGACCUGGUUUCUGCAGCCUUUCGGGCCAGAUGGGAGGCUGAAGACCUGGGUUUAUGGCGUAGCUGCUGGUGCAUUUGUUUUACUCAUCUUUAUUGUUUCUAUGAUCUAUCUAGCCUGCAAAAAGCCAAAGAAACCCCAGAGAAAGCAGAACAAUCGGCUGAAACCUUUAACACUGGCUUAUGACGGAGAUGCAGAUAUGUAAAAUAUAACUUUCCAUUGCAACAACUGGAUUCUACAUUGCUGUGUUGAAAUCAGAGGGUGUCCAAAGGCACAGGGGCAUGCUACAGAGUGGAUUUUAGGCAUUUUUUGUUUGUUUUCUAAGAACUGCACCAUAAAACAAAGAAGAAUGGCUUUCAUAAUGCCCAUGGAUAUUCAAGGCAUUAUUGCUUUAUUCUAAACCAUGAGCACAGAGAAUUCUGGCAGAUUGGAAACAUUAAUGUGGUUUUUUGAAACUGUCAAAACCACCUCAGUCUCCAAACCACUGUGGCUGACUUAGUAUUCACAGUUGAGAGCCCUGAUGCCAGACUUACCUUCACCAUUAACCAAGUAUAAUCACUGAGCAUGAAGAGUUUGUACCAAGCUGUCUAUAACUCUUUAUAUUCAAGCAUAACAUAUAUACUCAGUUGAAGCAUAUGUAUUAUUCUGUCAAAUUAUAUACUUGUUAAAGAGCAUUUUAGCGCUUAAUAAGAUGUUAACUGAGAAGAUUGAACAAGUUCAGGAUCUUGACAAUUGUGUAGCGUGUGUUAACCUGCAUUUCAGAGGGCAAAGAUUCUCUUGCAAGACUGUUCUAUUAUCACUCCAAAGUGUCAAUGCCUCAUAUACACAAGUAUCUAGGAAGGAAACAUCCUCAGAUUCAGUAUUUUAUAGUGGUUACUGUCUGGAAAAAUGAAUACCUGGUGUAAAAGUUACAAUAUGUUUCUACUUUCUCUAAUUCUCAAACUGUUGCCUGCAUCUUUUUUGCUACAUGUAAGGCAAAUUUUUGCACUAUAUUAGUGCAGCAUGAUAUGCACUUAACUAGUAUUGCCAUAGAAACUGCCUCUUUUCAAAAAGGAUGAUGAUGCAUCUUGUGCCAGGAGUGUCAAGUAGGCAUUUAAGUUCUUGAAUCCUGAAGAGAGUAGAGUUCAGCUUGGACUGUGACUGGAUGGAAUCAGCUAAUACAUGUACUGUAUACACUGUUUCUCAUCACAGCAGCCAUUUUGUAGUCUAUAUCAUGGCAGUAAUAUAAGUGUCUAGUUUCUUGCCCCAUCUACUUAUACAAAUGUAGAUUCUCCAGUUGGUUUCUAAUUGUACUUUGAAGGCUGUUUAUGACUAGAUUUUUUAUAUUUGUUAACUUUGUUAAAAAAAAAAAAAAAAGAAAAGUGGUUGCCCUCUCAUCUUGAGUGAAAUAUUCUGAUUAUUUGUUCAGCUAAAAAGAAGAAAAUGUGUUGCUUAUUUUUCCUCUCACUAGCAAAAUAAUUGCCAUUGUGGCUGCCGAUGCAAAACUUUCCAUUUAGUUAGGAUAACUGGAUGUAAUCUUGACCUUUAAUUAUUCAACUAAACUCUUAAAAGUACUGGUUAAUGAAGGAUAUCAAAAUAUUUGCCUCACUAAACAGUCAGAUAACUUUUUCUCAACUCUGGUAGUAUAACAGUUCAUUGCCACUCAUUUCUUUACCCUAGUCCAUCCCUAUAGCUUUUCACUGUUAUGCUUCCAAAAGGAAGCAUGUUGUACUACCAUUGUAUCUACCUACACCUGUCACAGACAGGACUCAUGACCCAAGAGGGCUUACUCUACCAGAAUGGCUUCUAGGUGUAGCCUAAAAGAAAAAUAUAAAUGACUGUGCUAUUACCAAGCAAUAUAAUGACAAGACUUUAUCACGCAACCUUUCAAAAAAAUUGUUGUCUAAAGUUCAGUAUUAGUUUCUCAGGUCUUUUAAUAACCUCCGCCAUUCCUGUGCACCACUCCCAAGCACCAGUUUUUGCACAGCCAGUAAAACUACACACUUUGCCAACUUUGGGCUGGCUCGCGUGUCCACCGAAAUCAAUGGGCGGCAUGAGUCCUUAUUCCAUGUCAAAUUAUCAUUGAAAUCAGUGCGUUUUGUUCAAAAAUCAAAAGUAGAAUAUGGUAAUACCCAUGUUUUGAUAUCACACUAUGAUAUUGAUCAUCUUCUCCUAAUGCAUAGGUAAGAUGAGAAGAACAGCUGAGUGUGUCAAUUAGCAAUAGGCAUUUGUGCAGGUUUAAUUUCAGACCUUACACCCCAAUCCUGCAACUUGUUGGUGGACUGCCAGACCUGCCCAACACUCCACAGAACUCAAUAUGGCUCCUUGCUGCAGCAGCAGUAGUUCACUUACAUACAACAAGUUGCAAGAUUGAGGCUUUAAUCUUACAUCAUUUCAUACAGACCUUAGGGCAAAAAAAAAAAUGGUAUGUACAAAGUUAAGUUCUUUGAAGUGUUUGAGUGAGAAACAAUAAAAAGUUAGUUCUUACUUUAUCAGACAGACGAAAAAAAUGGACAGUGGGAAAGUUAUCAAAUUGCAAAUAAAACUUUAAAAAUAUGAUGAUGAAACUUGGUGAUGGAUUAAUUAAUUACCUUUGGAAGCCCAUUUCUGGGUGUUGAAUUGUUUCAAGCUAACAUCUCUGUCCGUGCGGAUAAGUGAAGGGGGUUCUUAAACUGGCAACAAGUUACCACUGUUAGUUACACUGGCUAGUCUUUUAGCAGGAGCUCCACUGUAGCGCUCACCAUGAAGCCUGUGUGACCUGAACACCCAAAAUUUCACAAUUAACUUCCAAUUAAAGGUUUGCUAUCAUUUGUUGCUCCCCAUAUAAAAUUAUUAUUGCUAAAACACAGACAAAGAAUGGGUGUUUGGCUUUUACAAUCCAUACAAGUAUUUUAUGAGAUAAGAAAAUCAAGAACUGGUACAGAUCUGCAAUUGUAUUAAAUUCUGUGUUUCGUAAAACUGGAGCCAGAAUAGCCUAUUCUUCCUUUAUGAAGAAAAGCAUUAUUUUAAAAAGAUGUUUAGGAUAUGAGAAGAGUUGUAAGUCUUUAAAUCUAAAAGUUGCAAAAGGUGGUCAAGUCCUAUAACUACGAAACAGUUAAAAACAAACAAACAAAAAGUUUCAUAUAGAAUGAAGAGUAAUUUGCUUUAAAAACCAGAGUGCUUCUACAAAUCCAGUGCCUAAAGCAGCCACUACUGUAGUUUGUUAGUUUGUGAAAGUAAUGUUUCCAGUGAUCAAGUGUCUCUAAACCAUUCAGAAAAUAGCUGAGUAGAUAUUUUCUUGUUGGAUGGUGGUUUGUAAUUUCCUUUAAAAUCUGUAGUUUCUAGAUUACUGUGUCUGCUUUGAGUCCUGGAGCAGUUUCUUUUCAAAGCUUUGCUGAUACUGCACAAGCUUCUGUAUGUUUGCUACAAUGCACCCAUUUUAAAAUUCCCUUUCUGCCACCAAAGUGUAAUAAAGUCCAUUUUCCAAUUUAACAAUCUGAAAAGACCCACUUAAAUACUUUGUAUAAAUCACUGUAAAAUAUACCUUGGAUGAAACUGAAAUCUUUUACCUUUAUGUAAAUCGUGCUCACCCAAAGUUAAGAGUUUAUUUUGCCUAACUUAAUUUACUUGAAUAUUUAUUUUGUAGACUAAGGAGGCAGCUGUCUGAGGAAUGUUUACUUUUUUUGGUUAAUGUUAAUUUGUAAAUUGUGUAAUGCAUUUUUAUUUUUUAAAUUAUGUAUAUUCUUUUUUAAUGCACAAAAUGUUUACGUACAACUACUGCAAAUUUGUGUAUAUUGUCACUAAGCUUU